UCCGAGAGAGACCGAAACUGGGACGAGGAGUGCGGCGGAAGCGGCGGGACUCCCAGGCAUGGGGGCUUCACCACAAUAGAGGCAGCGCCCCCACCCGCACCCGCCAGCCGUCCGGAGCAAAGCCCCCAAACCCCCUCGGGAAAAGGAUGGCGGCGGCACCUACCCAGAUCGAAGCCGAGCUGUAUUACCUGAUCGCUAGGUUCUUGCAGUCCGGACCCUGUAACAAAUCCGCUCAGGUGCUAGUGCAAGAGCUCGAGGAGCAUCAGCUGAUUCCGCGCCGCUUAGACUGGGAGGGGAAAGAGCACCGAAGAAGCUUCGAGGAUCUGGUGGCAGCCAAUGCACACAUUCCUCCAGACUACCUCCUUAAAAUUUGUGAGAGGAUUGGUCCCUUGUUAGAUAAGGAGAUCCCUCAGAGUGUCCCUGGGGUACAGACAUUACUAGGUGUUGGUCGGCAGUCUCUGUUACGGGAUGCCAAAGACUGUAAGAGUACACUAUGGAAUGGGUCUGCCUUUGCAGCUCUACACAGAGGUAGACCUCCAGAACUACCUGUAAAUUAUGUGAAACCUCCAAAUGUGGUGAAUAUCACCUCAGCCAGGCAAUUAACCGGAUGUAGUCGCUUCAGCCAUGUGUUCCCCUCAUCUGCUUACCAGCAUAUUAAGAUGCAUAAGAGAAUCCUGGGGCACUUAUCUUCUGUCUACUGUGUAGCAUUUGAUCGAAGCGGGAGGCGAAUCUUUACAGGUUCAGAUGACUGCUUGGUGAAAAUCUGGGCUACAGAUGAUGGACGCCUCCUUGCUACACUGCGAGGGCACUCUGCUGAAAUCUCUGACAUGGCCGUUAACUAUGAAAAUACUCUCAUUGCUGCAGGCAGCUGCGAUAAAGUUGUGAGAGUAUGGUGUCUUCGAACUUGCGCACCAGUUGCUGUCCUUCAGGGACAUUCAGCUUCUAUUACUUCCAUACAGUUUUGUCCAUCAACUAAAGGCACAACUAGAUACCUCACUUCGACUGGUGCUGAUGGAACAAUAUGUUUCUGGCAAUGGCAUGUAAAAACAAUGAAGUUUAGGGAUCGCCCAGUAAAAUUUACUGAGAGAUCCAGACCUGGAGUUCAGAUAUCUUGUUCAUCUUUCAGUUCUGGUGGUAUGUUCAUUACAACAGGUAGCACUGACCAUGUUAUUAGAAUAUACUAUUUGGGUUCUGAGAUACCAGAGAAAAUUGCAGAAUUAGAAUCACAUACGGACAAAGUUGUUGCUGUUCAGUUCUGUAACAACGGAGACAGUUUAAGAUUUGUUAGUGGAAGUAGAGAUGGAACAGCAAGAAUAUGGCAAUAUCAACAACAGGAAUGGAAGAGUAUAGUGCUAGAUAUGGCUACUAAAAUGAGUGGGAAUAAUUUGACCUCCUCAGAAGACAAAGUCACUAAGCUGAAGGUGACAAUGGUGGCUUGGGAUCGUUAUGACACCACUGUUAUUACUGCAGUGAACAAUUUCCUUUUGAAAGUUUGGAAUUCUGUCACAGGGCAACUUCUUCAUACUUUGUCUGGGCACGAUGAUGAAGUGUUUGUUCUAGAAGCACAUCCAUUUGAUCAAAGGAUAAUACUUUCAGCGGGUCAUGAUGGGAACAUUUUUAUUUGGGACCUUGACCGAGGGACCAAAAUUCGAAAUUAUUUUAAUAUGAUUGAAGGCCAAGGUCAUGGGGCAGUGUUCGAUUGUAAAUUUUCACCAGAUGGAAACCAUUUUGCCUGCACAGAUUCUCAUGGUCAUUUGUUGCUCUUUGGCUUUGGCUGCAGUAAAUACUACGAAAAGAUUCCAGAUCAGAUGUUCUUCCACACUGAUUAUCGACCACUUAUCCGAGAUGCGAAUAACUAUGUAUUGGAUGAGCAAACUCAGCAAGCUCCUCACCUUAUGCCUCCCCCAUUCUUGGUGGAUGUCGAUGGAAAUCCUCAUCCUACAAAAUUUCAACGACUGGUACCAGGACGGGAAAAUUGUAAAGAUGAGCAGCUUAUUCCUCAGCUGGGUUAUGUGGCUAAUGGUGAUGGUGAGGUGGUAGAACAGGUAAUUGGGCAGCAAACCAAUGACCAAGAAGAAAGCAUUCUUGAUGGGAUAAUCAGGGAGUUACAGAGAGAACAAGACCUCCGACUAAACAACGAAGGAAAUGUUCCACAUUUUCCAACUAAUAGAUCAUAUUCUGUUAAUGGUGCUCUGAGUAGUCCAAAUAUGGACAUACCCUCUUCUCCAAAUAUUGGGCUUCGGCGUAGUGGUCAAAUUGAAGGUGUUCGGCAAAUGCAUAACAAUGCUCCUAGGAGCCAGAUGGCCACUGAACGAGAUAUCAUGGCCUGGAGCAGAAGAGUGGUGGUAAAUGAACUAAAUAAUGGAGUUAGUAGGGUUCAAGAGGAAUGUCGCACUGCGAAAGGUGACCUAGAAAUUAGUCUUUAUACAGUCGAAAAGAAGAAAAAGCCAUCUUCUACUAGCCAAAGAAAUGAUCAUCAGCCUAGCUGUGGGCGGUCUUUACGGAGGACACAGCGCAAGCGUCAGCAUACUUACCUAACACGGUCCAACAUAGAGCAUAAUUCACAGGCAUCAUCUCAAAAUGCAUGUGUACAAGAAGAUUCAGACAGCUCCUCGGAGGAAGAUGAAACUGUUGGCACAAGUGAUGCUUCUGUAGAAGACCCUGUUGUUGAGUGGCAAAGUGAAAGCUCUUCCAGUGAUUCAUCAAGUGAAUAUUCUGACUGGACAGCGGAUGCUGGGAUAAAUUUGCAGCCUCCCAAGAGACAAACGAGACAGGCGGCGCAGAAGAUCUUCAGCAGCUCUGAAGAUGAAAAGGUGAAGCCCUUAGAAGAUAGGAAGAAGAAGACUAAGCAGACGAGAAAGAAGAAAGGGGGACUUGUUUCUAUGGCAGGCGAACCCAAUGAAGAAUGGUUUGCCCCUCAGUGGAUCUUGGAUACUAUACCACGGCGUUCUCCAUUCGUUCCACAGAUGGGAGAUGAGCUUAUUUAUUUUAGGCAAGGACAUGAAGCUUAUGUGAGAGCUGUGAGGAAAUCAAAAAUAUAUAGUGUUAAUUUACAAAAACAGCCAUGGAACAAAAUGGAUCUCAGGGAGCAAGAAUUUGUUAAGAUUGUAGGAAUCAAAUAUGAGGUUGGACCACCUACUCUGUGCUGCUUGAAACUUGCAUUUUUGGACCCCAUUUCAGGCAAAAUGACUGGAGAGUCUUUUUCUAUUAAGUAUCAUGACAUGCCAGAUGUCAUUGAUUUCCUUGUGUUAUAUCAGUUUUAUAAUGAAGCCAAAGAAAGGAACUGGCAGAUUGGUGAUAGGUUCCGCAGUAUAAUAGAUGAUGCCUGGUGGUUUGGAACUGUGGAAAGCCAGCAGCCUUUCCAGCCAGAAUAUCCUGAUAGCUCUUUCCAGUGUUACAGUGUUCA